UAAACUUUAGGGGUGUAAGAGUAAUACUUCUACAGAAAGGUUAACGUGGUUCUGUUAGCUCUGUGUGUUGUGGUUUUUUUCUUUAUAAUGAUCUGUGAAAUAGAACCAUAUCAGUGUUUUAAGGUGUGUCAUCUGGUUAAUGCACGUUUCUGAAGCUGAAGGAAAAAGUGAAGUUCUUCCUCCAACUAUACACAAAAUAAUAAAAGGGUACAACAAGUAUCUGCGCCCUUUUUUUGAUGAUGGUCCUGUGUCAGUUGGGAUGAGCCUGGAUAUUGCGAGCAUUGAUACAAUAUCAGAAAUAAACAUGGAUUAUACAGCUACCAUAUUUCUAAGGCAGCGAUGGACUGAUGAGAGACUUUGCUUUGAUGGCAACAAGAGUUUAAGUCUUGAUGGUCGGCUUGUAGAAAUGCUUUGGGUCCCGGAUACCUUCAUAGUUGAUUCAAAGAAGUCUUUUCUUCAUGAUAUCACUGUUGAAAACCGUCUUAUCAGAAUAUAUCCUAACGGAACAGUCCUGUAUGCCAUACGGAUAACCACAACUGUUGCAUGCAGCAUGGAUCUGACCAAGUAUCCAAUGGAUAAGCAGACAUGUACUUUGCAACUGGAAAGCUGGGGUUACAACAUCAAUGAUGUCAUGUUUUACUGGACUAGAGGAAAUGAUUCAGUUCGAGGUUUGGACACACUCAGACUAGCCCAAUAUACUGUAGAGGACUACUUUACUUCAGUAUCUGAGGCCGUGUAUGAGACAGGACGUUAUCCAAAGCUGGUGUUUCAUUUUGAACUCAAGAGAAACAUCUUUUAUUUCAUACUGGAGACGUACGUGCCAUCAAUCCUCCUGGUUGUGCUCUCUUGGGUAUCGUUCUGGAUAAGCCAGUCAUCUGUUCCAGCCAGGAUCUGCAUAGGUGUCACCACGGUCCUUACUAUGACAACACUCAUGAUGGGAGCCAGAACUUCACUCCCGAAUGCUAACUGCUUUAUUAAGGCAAUUGAUGUGUACCUUGGUAUCUGUUUUAGUUUCAUCUUUGGAGCUUUGCUAGAAUAUGCAGUGGCUCACUUCUGCACUCUGCAUCGACCCAUUUCAAAGGACCUUAAAAAGGAUGAAGAUGAAGAAGCUGAGGAAGAGAGGAAUGGAGUACUGGCAGCAGUUGCUAACAGUUGCAAUGUCACUAACAGCAUGAACAACAUUGAUCCUAACACGAAGAGCAAAGGCAGCAUCAGUGGAAAAAGAGAGAGAAGUAAACACAGUGGGUGGAGUUCACCAAUGUCAGUAAUGAAGAGACUUUUCUGUAUUUUUGAUUGCUUUCAUGUUAAAAAUCCUUACCACAUAGACAACUAUGCCAGAUAUUCUUUCCCGUUAUCAUUCAUCAUAAUAAAUGUGUUUUAUUGGGUAUAUUAUUUGUAUUUCUAAAUAUUUUAAUCUGUGAAAUAGUUUGGAAAGUGGAUACAAGUAAGGGAAAUUACACUAAAAUGAGGAAGCUGCAUUAGGAUGAAAGGAUAUGAGAGGAUGUCAUCUUUUCAAGCAUUUCUACCAACUUUCUGCUUAGCUCACUUUUCCUCUGUUAAGUAACUGUCAUCUGAAAUUGGCUUCCCUUUUGGCAUGCUUGUCCCUUAUUGUAUUAUCUGUCAGAGCCUUGUAAGGUUUUUUUAUAUUAUUUAAUGCUAAACUUUGUAAAAUAAGUUUAUACUUGCUUUUGAGCUGUGUUGAAUAUAUUUAAAAAUAAGACCAGUGUUAUUCUCCUGCCAUGCUUUUAGUAUUGCUUUCCUUUUAGCUUUGUCAAUAAUGCAUAAAUUUUUUCAGACUAUUCAGAUUAUUAUGUAAAAAGUGUAAUUGCUGAUCAAAAUGGUUUUUCUUACUAAGAAAAAGCAGAUUUGCAAUCAUGAGGUACUUGUGCAAAACAGUGACAUGGUCAUGUUUAAAAGAUUACAGGAUCAAGUCUCUUUCCUAAAUCUUUGUACUCAUCUCUGAUAGGCAUCUCUGUGCAUAAGCGCACAGCAGAACACAGAAAUGGGUUGGAGACAGGAUCCAAAUUACUGCUUUUUCCAGGUGAGAACAUGCUUAGAUGUUGACCAGUCCUUAUUGGAAAAUGGUCACUUGUCCUGAUGCUUAGUCACUAUUGGGUGGGUCAUAAUUAUUCAGAGGAUAAAUCCUAUGUGCCUACUUUUUAGCUUAGCAAAUUCCUCUUCCAUCUCUUGCUGUUAAAAUUUUCCCUUAAGAUGGGGAAAAAAGGCUUCUUUCUUGAAUUCAAAAGAAAACCCCUAGAUAUACAACAAUUCUUGAUGAGAAAUGGAAGUUUUAUGGCAGAUCAAAUUAUGACCCACCUUGGAGAAUGGUUUCACUUGAUGAAAAAGCCUAACUAUUUUUGAGUGGUAACUGCAGUGAUAGAUAUUACAAAAACUAUUGAUGUUGCAACCUAUUUUUUAUACUGCAGUCUGGAAGUUUAGAAGCUCUUAUUUUACCUUUUCUUUGGCUAUAAUUUAUGUAUAGGUUGCAUAUAUAAAUAUAAAUGUGUACAUGUGCACUUAUAGUGUUUACCUUGACACUUAUUAUGAUAUGACAUAUUGCACACAUAGACAAGCAUAUAAAAAUACAGAAUAUUAACACUCUUUGGGUCAUCUUUCUACUAGUCUGCUGCUUGUGAAGAGCAUCACUUCAUUAGAAGAAGAAAAGUGUGAAAUAUCACUGUCAUUGGAUUUGAACCCUUACAAGAAAUUCCCUAAGAGUGGUUUAUUCAUUGCACACUAGCAGACAAGUAUUGUGUCAUUGACAUCUCUUUGGUAUUUUGGUUUUCUAGACUGGUUAAAUACUGAAAUAGCUCACAUGUUUGUGUUUCUUAUCACUAAUUCCAUUUGUGGAGCUUAUUGAGGCAAUAGGACUUUAAGAACAAUCUAGAGGGCUUUGUUUCUCUGUGGUCUCUUCUGACAUACAUAGAAAAGCAUUUUUUUUCUUUUUUUUAAUGUAUUGCUGUUGCAGAUUGAGCAUUAAAGCCUCUGUGCAGGA